AUGGAUUCCUACUUUCUUAUCCCUCCUGAAUUGCCAGGCGCAGGCGGCUUGGCUCUCCUAUGGAGAUCCGAUAUCCAUAUUCAGAUAAUGUCCUCCAAUCAAAAAUUCAUCGAUGCUGUUAUCUGUUACAAAGAUAUGAAGUUCUACAGUACCUUUGUUUAUGGAGCCCCAGAAAUACAAAAUAGAAAGAGAGUUUGGGAUCAUCUUACUUCGCUAGUAGACCCGAGAUCUGAACCCUGGUUCCUUACGGGAGAUUUCAAUGAUCUUAUAGACAACUCCGAGAAGAUGGGAGGCAGAGAUCGACCGGAGAGUUCCUUCAGCACCUUUCGAACAUUCCUAUCGUCAAACGACCUCUUUGAUCUUAAACAUACAGGGAAUUUUCUUUCCUGGCGAGGAGUUAGACACUCACACACGGUGCACUGCAGAUUGGACAGGGCUUUGGCAAAUAGCUCAUGGUCAGACCUUUUCCCGUACGAACGCUGCCACUAUCUACAAUACGAAGGGUCUGAUCAUCGUCUUGUUCUAUCCGUGUUCAACGCAUCUCUCCGCAAAGGACGUCGAAUCUUUCGGUAUGAUAGGAGAUUGCGAGACAAUCCAGAGGUACUUAAACUCGUCGAGAGGGCCUGGAACAAAGAUGACAACAGCCAUGUGAUGAUGAAGAUCUCCCGAGUUCGAAGGGCAAUUGCGGACUGGAGCAGAAUUCACUAUAUCAACAGCCAGAAGUCCAUUGAAGAUCUAAAAGCGGCUCUUGAUACAGAAAUGGGAAGCUCAACUGCAGAUGAUGUCCUCAUCUCAAACAUCAACCAAAAGCUCCUGCAGGCGUAUAGAGCGGAGGAGGAGUUCUGGAAACAACGUAGCCGCCAACUUUGGCUAGCCCUUGGAGAUCAAAACACGGCGUUUUUUCAUGCUUCUACAAAGGGUCGCAGAACAAGAAACAGGAUUUCAGUCAUUGAGAAUUCUGUAGGUAUCCCGGUUUAUGAGGACGGCAAGAUAGUGGAGGUUAUCUCCUCUUAUUUUCAAGAUAUCUUCACCUCUUCAAACCCGGAUCCCUCAGAUAUAAUAAUAAGAGCCCUUACACCUUGUAUCUCUGAAGCAAUGAACAACUCCCUCACCGGUUUGCCGUCACCACUAGAGAUCAAAGAAGCCCUCUUUGCAAUCCACCCAGAUAAAGCUUCUGGUCCAGAUGGCUUCUCAGCUAGCUUCUUCCAAACAAACUGGGAUCUGGUGGGACCUGCAUUGGUCCACGAAAUUUGA